CACAAUGUAGAGACACCCAUUACUACCUGAAAAGAAGCAUGACCUGUGCAAACAGUCAUGAAAAUUUGGUAUAUAAGUGCUUCCUUUUUUGUCCUUGUUAGAUGCUAGAAAAAUAAAUGCAUAAUGUUCUGAUACUCAGGACCAGCAGCAGUGAAUAUACUUUAAUCAUCUGAUCUAUUGGCUACAUUAAUGAAAACAGCACAUCAGUAGCAACAGCAGAAGCUGCAGUCUUCCAUUUACAGUGGAUUCACUCAGCCACAUUACUGAUGUGCAGAAGCAUUUUAAUUGCAGCCCAAUACACAGUCAUGUACAGGUGUGAGGCGUUCAGAUAAACACAAGGUGAACUACUUUCAUCUUUUUUUCACCUAAAUGAUCUUUUUUUCACCUAAAUGAUCUAAAUACUUCCUCAACCAGUAAUUCUAAUAGUGAUAUGAGAGUACACGCCUUGGAUCAACUGAGUUCAGUUCUGGGACCUGCAACCUACAUUCAUCUGGCAGCUGUAUUUGUAGUAAAAAAACACCUCCAGGUCAACAGCCUGGAGAAAGUAACUGUGUGACAUGCUAAAAGCAUGAUAGUUUAUGUAUCCGGGAAACCAAUUUGCAUAUUUUCUCCAGGUAUUUGCACUUUUAACAUGAUAUGCAUGGAACUCAUGUGGGUUAACAUUACAUAACCCACUAUAAAUGAUCUUAUUAAUGAGGUCACAGGUUCUUCUGAUGCAAGCAUUGUUCCUGUGUGACAGAGAAACUCAUUCACGAAACUACACUGCACAGGCUAGUACCAGCAGUUUAACAACAUUACUAAAUUAAGUAAUGACUAACUAUGAUGACAUAAAAAAAAUAAUCACUUUAUCUGUUAUUUGCAGAAUUUUCAUGGCAGUGCCAUAGCUUCAUGUGACACGUACCACAUGUAACUCAUUUACCUAUGAAUCAUCAUCUCUUAGACAGGAGUUUGAACUCUGAUAUGUAAGUAACCCUUUAGUAGAGGUAUGGUCAGUCUGUAGACGAGUAGGAUUACUGUUACUGCGACUCUUAAGCAUGGGAACCAUGCCAUUGCACCGUGUGUGUGUAAUAUUUGUAUUCCUCAGUGUAUGUCUGAUUUCUUUCACACCACCUUGCGAUGGAGGAAACAUUCUGGUGUUUCCUGUAGACGGCAGCCACUGGAUCAAUAUGAAGCUCCUGCUAGAAGAACUUCAUGCCAGGGGACACAGCAUUACUGUGAUGAGGUCCUCCACCAGCUGGUACAUCGCAGAAAAGUCUCCUCUCUACACAUCCAUUACCUUGAAGAUGAAGCAAGGUUUAGAGAAUUUCUUUGAUGUGUAUGUACAGGAGCAUAUGAGGGCGCAGAGAGAGGGGGCUUCAGCACUUACUUUUUUCAAAGUCACCAAGAAUUUCCUUUCUAUGAUGUCUACGGCCCAUUCAUUGUUGUCUAAAGCCCUCGCUCGAAUCUUCGAUGAUGAAAAGAUGAUCAAAAGCUUAGUGGAUUCCCAAUAUGAUCUUGUUCUCACUGACCCAGCCAUAGCUCCAGGGGUUGUACUUGCCAAGUAUCUCAAACUACCCAUUGUGUUCAAUGUUCGCUGGAUCACCAGCGGAGAAGGCCACUUAGCGAUAGCCCCCUCACCACUCUCUUACAUCCCAGUGCCAGGAUCGGGCUUAACGGACAAAAUGAAUUUCAUCCAGAGGGUCAAGAACAUGCUUUUCUACAGCAUUAUAGUGAUCCAGCAGAAAUUCAUGGUGGGUCCAAGCUAUGAUGCCAUCUGUGAUAAAUAUAUCGAGGGUGGAUGUGACAUCAUGUCACUUCUUCAGGAAGCAGACCUUUGGCUGUUCAGGUCAGAUUUUGUGUUUGAAUUCCCUCGGCCAACAAUGCCAAAUGUCAUCUACAUAGGAGGGUUCCAGUGCAAACCAGCCCAACCUCUGCCUGCAGACCUGGAGGACUUUGUUCAGAGUGCUGGGGAACACGGAGUGAUCAUCAUGACUCUGGGAACUUUGAUUAACGCUUUGCCCAAAGAGGUUGCAGAUGAAAUUGCCAGCGUCUUUGCCAAGAUGCCUCAGAAGGUGAUAUGGAGGCACAAAGGCGAGCGUCCCUCUACUUUGGGCAACAACACCCUGAUAGUGGACUGGAUGCCACAGAAGGAUCUCCUGGGCCACCCACAGACCAAAGUCUUUGUAGCUCAUGGAGGAACCAACGGAGUCCAGGAGGCCAUUUACCACGGGGUCCCUGUGCUUGGCAUACCCUUGUUCUUUGACCAGUAUGACAACCUUCUACGUCUGCAGGCGAGAGGAGCUGGAAAGAUCAUUGAGCUAGGUGAUGUUAGUGGCCACAGUUUUGAGCAAGGGCUUAAGGAAGUGCUCCAUCAAGACAGCUACAGAGAGAACAUACAAAGACUGUCACGUUUGCACAGAGAUAAGCCAAUGGCACCCAUGGAUCAGGCCAUCUACUGGGUGGAGUAUGUGAUGCGCCAUAAAGGGGCUCCUCACCUGCGUACAGAGGCCUAUAAGAUGCCCUGGUACUCAUACUACUGUUUAGAUGUACUGCUACUAUUGCUGACUGCAGCAACUGUACUGCUGCUCUCUACUUUUGCAAUUUUCAGGUUUCUAUGCUGCAGAAGUAGAAGAAAGACUAAAACCAAGCAACACUGAUUAAGGUCAGAUUUGUUUAGAAAUAUGCUACAGUGGGUUCUCUAAAGCAUUGCAUUGAGACAAAACCAUACAUCUGAAGGUAUCUCAUUUGUACUGUAUCCUUUUAAAGAAGUAAAACGACAAUCAGUCAAUUGAUUCAGCCAUAUUAAAUAUAAAUACAGUUAAAGUAAUGUAGUCCCUUUUUUUACCAAAUGGACAGAUUAAGACUUGUUGUAAAAUACCCACAAACCAUUGGUGACAGUCUGAUCUUCUGCUCAACAUGAUUCUGUAAUUUUACAUCCACUGUAAUAAUAAAGAAUGGAGCCACUGACUCACUGCCCAGACACUGA